AUGACGCCAACAUUCUCGUCAUGGCGGCCCCCCUCUGCGGGGUCGACAGUAGACGUGUCGAUCAUCAACGGCGGGCAUUUCACCGUGCCUCUGGCGUGGGUGGUCAAGGGUUCCAUACCAGGGCACGAGAUCCUGAGCACCCCCUGCUACAGCUUCUUGAUUGAAAGCAAGAGCCAGGGGGAAAGAAUUCUCUUUGAUCUGGGUUUCAUGAAGGCCUGGAAAGAGAAACAGCCCCCGUCAAUCCUGGGUCAACUGGAAUAUGCCGGCGCCAAAGUGACCGUCGAGAGAGACGUUGCUGACCAGCUGCGUGCCGCCAACGUCCCUCUCGAGUCGAUCAACGCAAUCGUCUGGUCCCACCACCACUUCGACCACACCGGAGAUCCAUCUCUUUUCCCGACAUCCACUUCGCUGGUCGUCGGCCCCGGGUUCAAGACCAACUCGACCACAUUCCCGGGGUAUCCCGAGAACCCCGAGGCGGUGGUUUUGAGCGAUGCGUUUGACGGACGUGAGGUUGUCGAGCUCGACUUCUCAAAUGUCCCAUCGCGCGUCGGCGGAUUCCCAGCCGUCGAUUACUUUGGAGACGGGAGUUUCUUCCUCCUUCGAUCCUUCGGGCACACACACGAUCACGUCAGUGCCCUAGCCCGCACUUCCGAAGGCAAGUUCAUCUUCCUCGGCGGCGAUGUCGCCCAUCAUCCCGGAGCAUACCGACCGACGCCCCUUCUGCCUCUUCCGGACGAAAUCGUCCCGUCGCCCUUGGACACGCCGAGGUCGUCCUCUGUCUGUCCGGGUAGUGUCUUCGCAGCCGUUCACCCGGCCCGGGCGGCAGAACUGGACUGCCGCAUCACGCCUUUCUACGAGCUGAAUCCGGCGAUGAACGCGUCUCUCGACGAUACGCAGAUCGCCGUGGAUAAGAUGAAGGCAUUGGACGGGGCGGCGGAGGUGUUUGUGAUCAUCGCGCAUGACGAGAGUCUGCGGGACAUUCUGCCCUUCUUUCCGAAAAGAAUCAACGACUGGGAUGAAGCCGGCUAUAAGAGGGUGGGGACGUGGAGGUUCCUAAAGGAUUUUGUGCAGGGUGUCCAGGGGAGAGAGUAAAUCAAUGCUUAUACCUCGGGGAGAUCCCAAGGGUCUAUCAGAAUGCCAGAACUGGUUGCAACAAUGAUCGGGACAGGA